CAUGAAGCCAACCCUGUUCGAAGUGAUGAGGAUGAACCGAAUUUGCAGGAUGGCUCUGGUCACUUGCUUGGGAUCCUUUAUCCUAGUCAUCUUCUAUUUCCAAAGUAUGUUGCAUCCAGUCAUGCGAAGGAAUCCCUUUGGAAUGGACAUCUGUUGUCGGAAGGGCUCCCGGAGCCCGCUUCAGGAACUCUACAACCCAACUCAGCUGGAGCUCUCCAACACGGCCAUCCUGCACCAGAUGAGGCGGGACCAAGUCACAGACACGUGUCGGGCCAACAGUGUGACCAGCCGGAAAAGGCGUGUCCUGACCCCCAAUGACCUCAAGCACUUGGUGGUGGAUGAAGACCACGAGCUGAUCUAUUGCUACGUGCCCAAAGUUGCUUGUACAAACUGGAAGAGGGUCAUGAUGGUUCUGACCGGGAGGGGGAAAUACAGCGACCCCAUGGAGAUCCCCGCCAACGAAGCCCACGUCUCGGCCAACCUGAAGACCCUCAACCAAUACAGCAUCCCAGAAAUCAACCACCGCUUGAAAAACUACAUGAAGUUCCUGUUUGUCCGCGAGCCUUUUGAGAGGCUGGUGUCAGCCUACAGGAACAAGUUUACCCAGAAGUACAAUACCUCCUUUCACAAACGAUACGGGACCAAGAUUGUCAAGCGCCAAAGGAAGAACGCCACCCAAGAGGCCCUGCGGAAGGGAGAUGACGUGAAGUUUGAGGAGUUUGUUGCGUACCUCAUCGAUCCACUCACCCAGAGAGAGGAACCUUUCAACGAGCACUGGCAAACGGUGUACUCCCUUUGCCAUCCCUGCCACAUCCAUUAUGAUCUCAUCGGCAAGUACGAGACUCUAGAAGACGAUUCCAAUUACGUCCUCCAGCUGGCCGGAGUCGGCAGCUACCUGAAGUUCCCCACCUAUGCAAAGUCUACGAAAACUACUGACGAAAUGACCACAGAGUUCUUUCAGAACAUCAGCAUGGAGCACCAAACGCAGCUCUAUGAUGUCUACAAACUGGAUUUUUUAAUGUUCAAUUACUCAGUGCCAAGCUACCUGAAACUAGAAUGAAGAGGGAGGAGAGAGAGAAUCAUGCCUGGUUUUAUUUAAGAUUUUUAUUUGUCAAGAUAAAUAUAUGGAUAUUGGGUUAUUUUGUAAAUUAAUAUUUCUUUGGGGACAGUGCUGCGAGCAGCACAGUCGGAAUUAUUUAAAAAUCCUCCUGUAGGGAAGGACAGCUCUCUUUGCGGGGUAACAAGAUGGCCGUGUCCUUGUUCUAGAAAUGAGUACUGCAAACACUGUUUUCAAAGGUCUAAUUGUGUCCUGGUGAAUUUCAUUUAAUCGUGCAUUACAUAAAUUCUAAUUAGGGUUAUUUAUAGUUAUUUAAACAUGGUCUCUGGAUAGAUUUCACUUUUAGAGGCAGCAGAAUCUUCAUGUUUUGACAAAAGACGUCUGUUCUUCAUAGUUCCUUUGAUCCUAAGGGCUCAGCUCUGGGCACUAAGCAUUCUCUGUAUUAACCAUUAGCAGAGUCGAUCGGUACCAGCAAUUAUAACUUUUAUUGGUUAAUACAAUUUUGCAAAUUUUAGUAGAAAUUAAAAUGUUACUAGUGUACUCGGGAAAGAGGCAAUUACCCUCACAGCUCUGCAAAGGACAGAUUUGGAAGGAGCUUUAAUCAGCAUGGAGGUCCCUUGGCUUGAAUGAAAAUGUGAAUAAUAUUUGUGACCCAGGGAGAAGGUGAUCAUAGCAUCAUCUUACUUGGACGUGUAACAGGAUAGACUAGAACCUGGGUUCUAAGCUAUGGAAGAGGCUGACCUCUUAGGGGUAACUCUGCCUAUGGCUUAAUGUGGAUCAAUGAUAUAAAUAGCCCCACCUGCACAGGUAUUCUUGUAUACACACACUCAAAAGCUUAAGACAUAGUUCAAACCACCUCGGGCUCCACCCAUGAGACAACAAAACAUUCUAGAAUCUUAACGCACUUGAAUUCAUGACCCAUUUUCUCCUGGGCAUCAUCAGUUCCUACUUAUUCACAUACUCCUGAUUUUCACCAGUUCACAUGACACCUGAGUGAUGUGUAAGACACAUCCCUUUCCAUAUCUUGACGAUUGAUUUUGGUCACCAAUGUCGAUUAUCCUGUAUAUAAUAAUAUACUAAGAGUUUGGGUUUGGUGCAUUUUUUUUCUGUUGUUUGUUUUGUUUUGAGAGAGUAUAUAGUUGAGGGAUGAGAAGAUUGUUCUAAUAAAAAAGGUUAAUUUAUUCACAGAAACUAUUAAAUGUAUUAUAAAACUCCCAGCCAGCUCAGUGAACAGGAGUAGCAACACCUCAAAAAGUCAGACUUAUUUUUAUUUAAUGUUGAGUGAGCUAUCCACCUGAGAUGGAGAUUAAAAUGCUAUUUAUAAACAUUAUGGAUCUUCUCCCAAGUUUUCAGCUCCUGGAGAGAUGGCCCAGUAAAUAAAUUCUAGAAAAAGAAAAGAGGUGAGGGAAACAGAGAUGGGAGAGAACAUGAGGAAAAGCAUAUUUCCUAGGCAAGUUAGCCUUGAGCUAUGAAAUAGACAAAUGUAUACUUCAGAAUCAAUCAAUUUCUUAAGAAUCUCUUUAGUGAAAGGGGAACUGGGCAUAUAAAGACAAAAAAUUAAAAAGCGACCUUUAACCUCAAGGAGUUUGGAUUCUACUGAAUACAAAAAGGGAAGCAUUUGCUUCUCAUGUCCCCAAAACAUAGCCUUGAUUGUCAGCCAAGACUGGAGAAUCAGAUAAUCUGUCCAUGAACAGGGAGGGGCUUUUCAAAGGGAAGAAAGCAGGAAUUAUCAUUAUUUUUUCAACUACAGUUUCAAUCCAGGCCCCCACAAUUCAAGUGAACUUAAAGUUUUAAAAAGUACAACGGCCCCAGAGCCUCACUACCUCUACAUACAACCAUUUCCCCCAUCCUAAAACAUGAACUUUGUGUAAGCAUCUGGAUAGUAGGGCACAAGUGAGGAGGCUGUUGGUGGGCUGUCCUGGUGUCUAGCUUUUGUCAAUGGUCCGGUGGCUCGACUGCCCACCCAAGUCUCACUUGAAAGUGGUUGAUCUUGUGAGAAUUAUCUAAAUCCUUGGCCAGUUCCCAGCACGACACCCCCGCUCCCCCUAUCCCGCUUCAAUACCAUAGCUGUGUAGUGGGUAGAGAUUUGCCGUUUUUGUUUGGCAUUGAGAAUGAAAUUCAUGUCUAUUCAUGAGUUUCCAGUUUCCCCAAGACACUCCUGAUUGGUUUUCUGCGAUUGCUCAGUGUUAAACCUGCUCCCUGGCUCAUCUGUCUCCUCUCUGUUUCCCUGGGUCAGGAGCAUCUUUUCAAGGAGAGAACACCCCAGUACGUUUUUGAUGGGAGGGAGUCUUCUUGCUAGUGUAUUUUUGCUUUUUACUUUUAAUAUGUUCUUUCCCUUUUUUUUCUAAUGGUUUCAUUUGUUUGUGUGUGUGUGUGUGUUUGAUCUGAUUCUAUUGUAACAUAGAGAAAAAUGUUUCCAUGCUCGUGGUUUAAAAAAAAAAAAAAGCCAUUGGUGAAAAUUGUGAUUGGAAAAUCUGAUGGUCAUUUUGAUGGAAAAUGGACAGAAUGGGCUUCAGGGGUUUCAUUUUGAGGCUUUUCAAGUAUGUGCAUAUUUCUGAGACCAGGACAGGCAAGCCUUCCAUCCCCUAGUUGCAUUGCAAAAGCCUCACUCCAUGAUUUAACCAUGGAGGGAAUUCAAAAGGAUGACUCAUGGUGAACAUUCCCCAUUCCAACUCACCAGCGUUCUCUGAUCAAAAAAUGAUUCCUCCUAAUUAUCUAAGGGAUUUGAAUCCCUGCAAGGGAUAGCACGCACCUCCCCCACCAUCUCUUGGCCAUCCUUCAGCUUCUGAGUGGGGCUGGUUUCCCAUAAUAUGAACCUGGAUGCCAGCAUAUACAUGGGGGCAUCAAUCAUUGGAAUCAAGAUGGUAGACAACUGUGAAAAAAUUCAUGGGACUAUGUCAUAGAUUUUAGAAAUAGAAGGGACCUGAGAAGCCCUUGAGUCUGACCCCCUUCUUUCACAGAGGAGGAAACUGAGGGACAGAGGUGAAAUGACUUGCCAGAGUCGCACAACUAGUAAGUAUUUAAAUUGGAUUUGAACCCAAAUCUCGACUCCAAGUCUGUUCCACCACACUGCCUCCCUUCAUCAACCAGACAGUAGGGCCAUAGAGAAAUCCUAUUUCCUCGACCACACAACUCAGCUGAAGAGUUCUAGGGGCCUGAAACUUAAUGCCACAAGAGACAGUUCAUCACACCCUCAUGAGGAGACAGUAGGAAACAGAUCUUAUAGGAUAAUCACAAAGCAAAAAAAUCCCAAUCCAAACAGCAGACCUAGCUCCAAUCUGAUCCACACACAAAGUGGAAGCCUGGGCUCUGCCUCCUCUCUCCCCUUUCCCUGCAAUUCUCAUCCAUUAAUUUUCCAUCACACCCCAAGCUGCCCAUUCCAAGGCAACCCAAGUAACUAGAAAUAGUCGGUCCUAAUAGCCCAUCCACUAUUUGCACCGUACGUUUGUCUUCCGGACCAUUUCAGAAAGCUAUUCACCCAAGUCUGGCCCACUUUGACCCAAAGUGGGGUUAUCCCCAGGGAGCAGGCGCUCAUCAGAGUAACCCAGCCUGCUGCCAUCACUAGGCAAAUAUGUCAUCUGCUGUGCUCUUUUCAGGUACAAAAGGGACUUCUGGUACUCCUACUCUUGUUCCAGAGAGUAUUAUUUUCUUACGUGCAUGCACAAGAUAGAAGACUAUGUUCAUAUAAUUUAACAUCUAUGUGGGGUAGGAUUUUUUUUUUACCUAUUUGUAUGCAGUAGAAGGCUUGUUGUAGACAACUUUCCUCUGUAUCUUACUGUACUGUUCAAGAAAGAAGUUGAAUUUUCCAUUGCCAACAGACGCGUGAAAUGUUCAUGAACCUUCCUCAGAAAACAAAACAAAGAAAAGCCAUUCAAGCCUGAUUAUUUUUCUAAGUAACUUCAAUUAAAUUGAAGAAAGAAAGAU